UGCCGUGGAGUGAGAACUACGGCCCAGAGACUACGUAUAAGAAGCUUGUUCCUAGAACUUUUGUACAAGAGGGUAAAAGCGAGUCAGUCUACUUUGUACGAUAGAGUUUCGACAAGAGUACGUUGGGCUCGGUGCUAUUGCUAGAGCGUUUCCCUCCCCGAUAAAGAGCCAAGCUCUUCUCUUGACCGACCUUCUGGCCUUCGGCACGACGCCCAAGAUGUUUCUUACGACGCUUCUGAUCACGCCGUGGUCUAUCUUACUCCUUCCGGUCAUCUUCUACAUCCUGCCUUACCUCCGUAACUGGCAGAUCCGCGACAUCCCGUCUCCGUUCCCAGCCGCCUGGACGAACCUUUGGCUCUUGGCCCAAUGUCGGCGCGGGAAACGCUAUCUCGCCGUUCAUGAAGCACACAAGAAAUAUGGGAAGCUUGUUCGUAUUCAGCCGCAUCACGUCAGUAUCGCGGAUGCGGAAGCUAUUCCGCAGAUCUACGGUCACGGCAAUGGGUUCCUGAAGAGCGAGUACUACGAUGCUUUUGUGUCGAUAAGACGGGGGCUGUUCAACACGAGGGAUCGUGCGGAACAUACCAGGAAGAGGAAGACGGUUUCUCAUACGUUUUCUGCGAAGAGUGUUCUGCAGUUUGAGCAGUAUAUUCAUCAUAAUCUGGAAGAGUUGCAGAAGCAGUGGGAUCGACGGGCGGCAAGCGUUCAAGAGAAGGGAGGCUGGUAUCAUAUGGAUGCGCUGCAUUGGUUCAACUACCUCGCUUUUGACGUUAUUGGUGAUCUGGCGUUUGGAGAGCCGUUUGGUAUGCUGGCGAAGGGUAAAGAUGAGGCCGAGGUCAGCAAAGCGGGACAGAUCACGUAUGCGCCUGCUAUCGAGGUGUUGAACCGACGAGGUGAAGUCAGCGGCACCAUCGGAUGUUUCCCCGCCAUAAAGCCAUACGCAAAGUACCUCCCCGACCCCUUCUUCAGCCAAGGCAUGAAAGCCAUCGAGAACCUCGCCGGUAUAGCCAUUGCCCGCGUAAACGCACGCCUCGAGAAACCAUCCGACCGCGUCGACCUCCUCGCCCGCCUAAUGGAAGGACGCGACGAAAGCGGCCAAAAGCUCGGCCGCGAAGAACUCACCGCCGAAGCCCUAACCCAACUCAUCGCCGGCUCAGACACCACGUCCAACACCUCCUGUGCCCUUCUCUACCACUGCCUCCAGCACCCAGACGUAGUCCAGAAACUACAAAAGGAACUCGACAACGCACUCCCAGACGCAGAUGCCGUUCCAAACUACGCUCAAGUCAAAGACCUACCGUACCUUGACGCCGUCAUCAAGGAAACCAUGCGUAUCCACAGCACCUCCUCCCUCGGCCUCCCCCGCUUGAUCCCUCCCGGCCCAGGCAUCACGCUCCUAGGCCACCACUUCCCCCAAGGCACCGUUCUCUCCGUCCCCGCAUACACGAUCCACCACUCCACAGAGAUCUGGGGCGAAGACGCCGACGUGUUCCGACCUGAGCGCUGGGAAAAUGUUACGGAGCAGCAGAAAGCGGCCUUUAUCCCUUUUAGCUAUGGGCCGAGGGCUUGCGUGGGCAGGAAUGUGGCGGAGAUGGAAUUGGCGUUGAUUGUGGGCACGGUGUUUAGGAGGUAUGAGUUCGAGGUUAGGCAGGGCGAGAUGGAGACCAGGGAGGGGUUUUUGAGGAAGCCACUUGGGUUGGAGGUGGGCAUGAGGAGGAGGACAUUUUAGUAAAAGCUGUAGUCACAGGAGGAGUCGCGAAUACCUCGUGAGGGUUUGGAUUUGGCUGUUGUGAUGCCAUCAUACAUUGAAUAAGUACGUCAAACAGUGUCACUGGUCGGCGGAAAGAAAGUCAAGGUGAUGAGUUAUGGCCACAGGGAGAGUCAGAACGGAUUACUGAAGUCAUCUUGUACACUUUCCCUCCGCAGGAUAGUGAAGACAUAGGAGAGUGUUACCGUCCGUCCCUGUGAGAUAGUAAGGCCGGCCGAGAGAUCCAUAGAACACACUACUGUCAUGGUUCUGGAAGAAGUACAACGAGACCCCAAACCAUCAAACACUGUAAGGUCAAACCCCUAGACACUAUCUUGUAGAAUUCCGUCUACCUAUAUUUGGUGAUAUUUCCCAUCUUAUCAAAUCUCUCCGCG